AUGAAGCUGCUUGGGCGUGAGGGACUCACGCGGACGUCGCUGGAGCUGCAUCUGGCCACCGCCAGGAGCAGCAGGAGCAGUGGUAGCCGCAAUAGUAGCAAUAGUAGCAAUAGCAGUAGUCGCAGCGCGGCCACCCCUACAACCCCAACUAGUGUACCACUCACGAAGCUGUUGGGGGGCGAGGGACUCGCGCGGACGGCGCUGAAGCUGCAUCAGGCCACGCCAGGAGUAGCACUAGCAGUAGAAAGAGCAGUAGCAGCAAGAGCAGCAGUAACAGCAGGCGAGGGCUCCGCGCCAGCUGCAGGGGCGGCUGCUCCAGGGGCAGUUGCUGCAUGGGCGGCUGCUGCAGGGGCUGCUACUCCAGGGGCGGCUGCUCCAGGGGCGGCUACUGCAGUGGCGGCUGCUCCAGGGGCGGCUGCUACAGCGGCGGCUGCUCCAGGGGCGGCUGCUGCAGGGGCGGCUGCUCCAGGGGCGGCUGCUGCAGGGGUGGGGGCGGCUGCUGCAGGGGAGGCUGCUCCAGGGGCGGCUGCUGCAGUGGCCGCUGCUCCAGGGGCGGCUGCUGCAGGGGCGGCUGCUCCAGGGGCGGCUGCUGCACUGGCGGCUGCUCCAAGGGCGGCUGCUGCAGGGGCGGCUACUCCAGGGGCGGCUGCUCCAGGGGCAGCUGCUGCAGGGGCGGCUGCUCCAGGGGCGGCUGGUGCAGGGGUGGCUGCUCCAGGGGCGGCUGCUGCAGUGGCGGCUGCUCCAGGGGCGGCUGCUUCACGGGCGGCUGCUCUAGGGGCGGCUGCUUCAGGGGCGGCUGCUCCAGGGGCGGCUGCUCCAAGGGCGGCUGGUGCAGUGGCGGCUGCUCCAGGGGCGGCUGCUACAGUGGCGGCUGCUCCAGGGGCGGCUGCUGCAGGGGUGGCUGCUCCAGGGGCGGCUGCUGCAGGGGUGGGGGCGGCUGCUGCAGGGGAGGCUGCUCCAGGGGCGGCUGCUUUAGUGGCCGCUGCUCCAGGGGCGGCUGCUGCAGGGGCGGCUGCUCUAGGGGCGGCUGCUGCAGUGGCGGCUGCUCCAGGGGCGGCUGCUGCAAGGGCGGCUGCUCCAGGGGCGGCUGCUCCAGGGGCAGCUGCUGCAGGGUCGGCUGGUGCAGGGGUGGCUGCUCCAGGGGCGGUUGCUGCAGUGGCGGCUGCUCCAGGGGCGGCUGCUCUAGGGGCGGCUGCUCCAGGGGCGGCUGCUUCAGGGGCGGCUGCUCAAGGGGCGGCUGCUGCAGUGGCGGCUGCUCCAGGGGCGGCUGCUCCAGGGGCGGCUGCUGCAGUGGCGGCUGCUCCAGGGGCGGCUGCUUCACGGGCGGCUGCUCCAGGGGCGGCUGCUUCAGGGGCGGCUGCUCCAGGGGCGGCUGCUGCAGUGGCGGCUGCUCCAGGGGCGGCUGUUGCAGGGGUGGCUGCUCCAGGGGCGGCUGCUGCAGGGGUGGUUGCUCCAGGGGGGGCGGCUGCUGCAGGGGAGGCUGCUCCAGGGGCGGCUGCUACAGUGGCCGCUGCUCCAGGUGCGGCUGCUGCAGGGGCGGCUGCUCCAGGGGCGGCUGCUGCAGUGGCGGCUGCUCCAGGGGCGGCUGCUGCAAGGGCGGCUGCUCCAGGGGCGGCUGCUCCAGGGGCAGCUGCUGCAGGGGCGGCUGCUCCAGGGGCGGCUGCUUCAGGGGCGGCUGCUCAAGGGGCGGCUGCUGCAGUGGCGGCUGCUCCAAGGGCGGCUGCUUUAGUGGCGGCUGCUCCAGGGCGCGGGUUGUCAAGAUAG